CCGGAACCGAAAAAAACGCUCUCCGGUUCCAGGAGGUUCCGAAGGCAGGAGAAGCUCCUUGACUGAAUCCGAGGGUCGGGAUCCGUUCUCGCAGGAGUUCCGGGUCACCGAGGAGCGGGGGGCUGCGGAAAGCCAGAUGCCCGACUCCGGGGCUGAAGAUCUGGAAGGGAUCGUCGACACGGAAGACGCCGGAGAUCGGGGGAAGCAGACGUGUUUUCUGGAGGCGGAUUCCAGACAGAAGCUUGUAAGGAGUCAGGAUUCGGGCGACGUUUCUGAAACCCGGAAGCUGAGAGCAGGACAGGGGGAGGCAGGAGAGAUUCUAGAAGACGAUGGUUCUAGAGCGCUAGUGAUGACAAGUCCGGAUUUGUUGCAGAUACCGGCUGGCAUUUCUAGAGGACACAGCUUAGAGGAGAGACAGGCAAGCACUGGUGUUCUGGAAGAGGGGGGUUCUAAGCAGUUGCCUAGUCCUGUUACGAAGUUCCAGACUGCAGAAGAGAAGGUAUUUGGGGGGCUGUAUGAGGUGGAGACUAAACCCAAACAGGAACUCUGUGCAAACCCGGAACCGCACCAGUUCGAGUCUAGAACAGAACGUUCCGAGCUGACAGAAGUCUUGCAGUUGGAGGGGUGGCUGCAAGGUCUGGACACCCCCGAGGUAACCCUGAAUCCCGGAACUGGAUCCACAGAACCAGAAUCUGGAGGGGAACCUAGACCCAAGUUUCUUUCGGGGACAGAAGGUUGUCUCCUAGAUCUUUCAGUGGGCACUCUGGAGACUGACGCGGCAUCUAGAACGAAAUCUGACCCCUGGAUCCUGGAUCUUUUACAUCUUUCUGGUGGGGGUCUAGAACCUGAGGCAGAAUCUAGCACUUCUCCUAUUGCUUCCACUGCUGGAAAUAGUCUAGAUCACAAUCCAGACAUUCAGAAAGAAGCUAGUACCACCCCAACUGUUCAAAACCUAGAUCUUUUGAUUCAAUGGGAUCUAGAACCUGAGAGAGACUCUGGAACGGUGCCUUCUCAUGGGACGAUGGAUAUUUCAGAACCUGAAGCCAAAUCGACCAUGGAAGGCUUCAAUCUUCUAGAAGGAGCAAAGUGUUCUAAACCAGAAUCUAGAGCCCUAGAUAUCUUCUCAGACAGCGGCAUAGGAACAGAGAGCGAGUCUAGAACCAAAUCAUCUACUUCCACUAAAGAACCUGAACAGACCAAUCUCCUGAUACCAGAAUCAGAUUUCAGAACAGAACACAGUAACCUAGACAUUUUAGACUGCACUCUAGAACCAGCACCUAAAUCUAGAACCCCAUCAUCAAUCCUUUUGGACUCUCUGAAUGCCAGUUUGGAUUCCUGGCCAGAAAUUAGAAUGAUUGGAGGAAACCUGGAACCUCCAGAUGGUGACCUAGAACCUAGCACACUGCCAGAGAACCAAAACGACGGAGAGAAAGACCAGGAAGAGCGGCCUAGAACGCAGUCCACUUCCCACACAGGAGAGAGAAGUCUAGAUCAACUCCUUCUAGACGGGGGUCUAGAACUCAACAGAACCGACACCGAUGGUCUCUUAAGUCCAGAACCAGCUCAGGGUAUCGAAUGUAAAAGCUCUCCGGGGAGAAAUGCAGAUGGUUCUAGCGUUCUAGACUCUAGUUCUGGAACCCUUCCUGGAAGACCUUCUUCAGAUAUCUCUGCUGUAGAUGUUGCACCUUCUUCAGCUGGGGAGGAAGAAGAGGGGGAGACACGAUGUGCCAAACAGGAAACGGUCACCCCCCUUUUAGAGAACAGCCGCCCCGAUACCGGAUUCAAACACGGGGCGCAGAGCGAACCCGAAAUGAUUCAAACCCCACCCAGCGCCCAUUUACCAGGGGAUGGGGGGUCCCUCUGCCAGACAGGACCUCCGUUUCCGGAAAGGGGACAAAGUUCCGAGAGUAAUUCUGAGACUGGAUCGGAACCCGAAGAUGGAACCGAAACCAGCCGCCCUCCCGAAUUUGGGAGCGGUGCCUGCCUUGUACCCCAACAGCCCCUUAUAGAGGAGAAACGUCCCGCGUCGGAAUUGAAAGGGGGACUUGAUACUAAAACCCAGAACGAACCUCCUGACGCCCCUGUUGAAUUUGGGACAGGUUCCACCCCUCCCUCUCAUUCAGUUCUUAUGGAAGGGAAAUGUCCCAAACUGGAAUCUCAGGGAACUGGGGGCUCAGAAAGGGC